AUGACACAUUGGUGUUCCGUAACCGUUUUAGUUCUGAUUUGCACUUUCAUCGACUAUCGUAAUUGCGAAUCGAUGGCCAACACCCGGAUUGCCGAGUCUUCACCCGGUUUCCUCGAAAAUUAUGCUAGUGGAGAUAAUGCAACGGUUGAUGCAGUAAAAGAUCAUCAUCGACCAACAUUACCGUCGGUAAUUACCGGCCCGACAAACCCCGGCCCGGUGACGAUGACCCACAGUGAAUCGAUGCAGCGUCGCCAUUAUCGAACUGCGUUUGAUGACCAAAACGGAGGCAGUGGUCGCAAUCGUUAUGAUUCGAAUGAAGAAGAUGGCGAUGAUGAUGAUGAUGAUUAUAGUGACGAGGAAUGGGCGUCGAAGAGCAGUAGGAAGCCACCCGGUGUCAGUGGGCCAGCGCAUACUUACAUCAAGACGGACAAAAAUGCAAACUUCAAAUGGGGCGUACGGCACUUCGCUGGCAAGCAGUACGGAGGAUGACGUGACGACGAAUGCACAGUGGGCCAGCAGCAAGCAAGUUAUGAACAGUGAGAGUUGAUGAGAACAAUUAUUAGCUUUGAUUUUGUGUUCUCAAUUUCUUUUGUUAUAAUCAAAUAUUUUAAUUCCUAUCAGUAAUAUCGCUUAGCAAAAUUUGACCACGGAAUGGUGUACCCGGGUUUUUUUUCAUUCCACUAUGCAAACGAUGAUCAGUUAUAAGUUUAGUAAACUUAC